AUGAAGUCGGACGAAUAUUUGAAAUCACGGGACGUUUUUUUGUCCUUGUUUCUCGGAAACUUCUACGCGAAAAACCUCUUGGAAUCUCAGUCGUUUUUCAAUUACUCUGUAUGACUUGCAAACGCAUCGACGUACUAGUAGUAAUCGCAUCACAAAUUUGCUCAGCGUGACAAAUGGAAUUUCUCAUGCUGAUUUACCUUGAAAAAGAGAUUUGUCAUGCAUACAUGCGAUUACUACGAGUGCGAUACUUUUCCACAGCAUACUCUGCCGACUGGAGCAAUCCCUUCAUCACGCAUUUGCUGGUACAGUUGAUGGACUGCGUCGUAUUGUGAGGAAAAAUCCCCCCGUCCCAUAUCAAAGCGGGAUACUUCUGAAAAUUUGUGUUGCCGAUUUGAGACUACAAAUCGGCCCUGUAUUGCAAGAAGGCAAAUCCAAAAACUCCGCCGCAUUCUGCAGGUCACUUGUAAUGCUGUAUGGCCUACGGAGGACAUGCCUCCCUUGCAAGGCGCCUACACCAGAACGCCCCUACUCCGGCUUUGUGCCUGGUUGUGGUCUUGUACUGCAAGACAAAGCCGAUUUGUGUACACAUAUCCCGCAUCACAGAAUUGCAUUUCGAUAUGGGGAGGGGGGAUUUUUCCUUUUGAUACGUCGGUUGGGAAUCCGAGUACGACAAAACAGCGCUGAAUGGCAAUACCAGCAAGGAACGGAUUGCCGUCACCGACAAGAACUCGAAUUGGAUGGGGUGGAGCUUUCGAAUCCAGCGACGAGAGCAAUUGAUGACGGGGUUCGGGAGCACAUGGCUGCAAGACAGAUUGGAGAUGAAAGUGGUAGAAGUUCCUGUAACUGGCACGACAACUAGCAGUAGCCGUGCUGCUCCUGCAGGAGCUGUUGCUCCUGCGUCAGGAUCUAAUGUCGCAAGACGGAAGAUCGUUUUCCAAUUUACGCGUGUUCAGAGCCCACGCACAACUACAACGCAAGGAGAGAACAUCAAUACCGGAGAAAGACAGUCGACAAGGGACGCUGAGGCAACCCUGAAAAAUUAUCAACGACGACGAGAUUUUGCAACAGCAGUGGAUGUUGGGUUUUUUCUGUUCCUUUUGGACAAGUACGAGAAGGUGGAGAGCCUCGGCUUUGAGCGGGAAAAGUCUUCACCUGCGGGAAGACAAACAGAAAGAACAGAAUCACCUUCAGCAAGAGCAGGACCGACCUUGCUCGAGGAUUUCGCACAAGUCCGCGGGUUGCUGGAGGAGACAGCACAGAGAGAGCAAGCUGUUGCUGAAAUGCCGACUGUAAAAACUGUUCCGUCAACAACGUCGUCAUCAUCAAAAACUACCACGACCAGAAGUGCACUGACAAAGAUAGAAGACUUCAAACCAUCUUCUCAGCAAACAGAUCGUAAGCAACAACAGCAGGGGGCCCCGCUUCAGCUUCUCCCUCUCUAUGUCGCGAAUCUCUUCCAGAAAACGGCGGAGCGGUACGUUUUUUUCUACGAUUCUUAUCCUGAGUAAAAACGUCCCCACACCAGAGUCAGGAUGGGGAUUUCGCAACACAAACCUAGGAGUUUUGUGAGUCACGCAUGACAAGUUGCACUCCGCAGUGUAGUGCAGGUUAGCAAGUGCAGUCGCAUCACAGAUUCAUCUGCUCAUCCUGUUCACAGCAUCACAAAUUCCAAAGCACGACUGUAAUUGGCUCUCAUAGGGGUGCGCAUUACAAGUCUUCCUGUCUUUGCAAAUCUGCAUUACAGCUCUGGUGUGGGGACGUUUUUACUCAGGAUAAUUCUUUCUACGGCCGGGACUGGCUGCUGUACGAAACGACGAUAAAGAGGAAGCAGGAGUUGCAACUAUGUAUUGCAAAAAUAUCGUACUAGUGGAAAUUGCAUUACAAAUUGACUUCGCAUUAAAAAUGAAGUUUGUAAUGCGGAUUUGCCUUAAGAAAAUGACUUGUAAUGCAUAAACGCAAUUAUUGGUUUUAGUACGAGUACGAUACAACUUCUGCACGGGAUAGCAACAUCUCUUCAACAAAACCAUCCACGAGCUUUACUCGCCGAAGAAUUACAACGAGUAUGUCGGGAAGGUUAUGAAAGCCUCAGUAUGGAAAUCCUGAAAGUGGAAAUAAUUUGUGAUGCAUGCAAUGCGACGCAAAGAAGACUGUAAUUGCAGGGGACGCAAUGGAGGCCGACUAUUUUCCUACUAGGGGUGAAGAAUUGGAGAGCUGCUUAGCAGGAGAGAAGGGCACUCCUUUGCCAACACCUGCAUGACAGACAUGCUUUAAGUGCCGGGGAAAUUUGUCAUGCGCCGAAGACAAACGCCGCUUCAACUGGAGUCGUUUUUUUGCAUCACAAAUUAUUUCCACUGUGGGGAUUUUAUUCAACCUGAGGCUUUCAUAAAGGUGGUUGAAGCCGUCAAAGACGCGGUCAAGCACGGCGACGUCUGUCCCGGGACAACCUCCACCGAGGGGGACUGCUGGGUGCUGCAGCACCACCUAUCGCCGAUAUCCUUAUUCUACACGCAGUCGCUGCGCUCGACGUCUCUGCCGUCUCUGCUCGUUUUUGAGAACCAACCACUGAAAGAGAAAAACUGGAAGACAGAGUAUAGCAGGCGGUAUUGGGAAUCGCGGUACGUCUCUGGUGGGGAUUCCGGGAAAGGUAGCUACGGGAAGGAUGCGGAAUUUAAAGCGGGGUUUUUGAAUUCGUUUUUUGAGGAGCACAGCAAGGGCACCGAAUCUGCCGGCAUGCAGGAGGAGAACACUAGAGGGGGAAACGCCAGAACGAUCAAGAGAGUGCUGGAGCUUGGCGUGGGGGAUGGCAACCAGCUAUGCAUUGCAAAAGUAUCAUACCCCUGCUUUGUAGUUCGUGGCAAUCAUGCAAAUCGAAAUUCGCCUCCGCGUUGCUGAUUCCAUUUGUCGUAGUGAAGGAAUUUCUCAUGCGAUUCCUCGUCCUAGUGCCAGUGCGAUAUUUUUGCACAGGAUGCCAGCUGAACCAAGCCAAUUACACCUCCUGGUUGGAAAAAUAUGUCGGUGUGGACGUGAGCGAGUUUGUCGUGAAGAAGCUGAAACGGGAGCUGUGGCCGGGUGGGAUAGGAGGUGGUAGUGCAACAAGAGUUACUGCUGCCGCCGUCUCGACGUCUCUUACGGCCGAGCGACCAGCCGCAACAACUCCUACCACCAGCACCCCCGGCUCCUCCGCGCCAGAAGAGGAACAAGCUACGUCCCUGAACCGGUUGAAGAGAGCAGCGAAGGAAAAUCGUUUGGAGAUCCUUCACGACUCGGAGUGGAAACGAAGAAAGAUAACCACACACAGGGAAGAAGUCGACGUGGUAGACACAGAAGACAAACUGCACGACGAUUAUGAACGCAGAAGAGAAGAAGUACAAGGAGUCCCGCCUUCUUUUGACAUCACUAUUUCAAUGGACGUGGUCUAUCAUCUGGUAGAAGACGUCAUAUACGACAGCUACAUGGCCGAGCUCUUCAACUCCGCCAAGUAUCAAACAAAAAAGUGUACAUUGUUAACGGUUUUCAUAGUAAGUAAGAACCACUCCCCACGACUGCGUCGUGGGGCAAGGCUGAUUUGAAUUGCUGCUGGCCCAAAUUUGGAAUUAUUGCGUGCAUUGCAGGCGCUUUCUGCUUGGUCAGUGAAAACAGGCAACAGGUAGUCAUAGGCGACGCCGUCCGCGGCCGGGCUCACUGACCACUCGAGGUAGUACCCAAAUGCCAAAAAGAACCAAAAAAGAUUAAGAUAAAAAAGGCCGACGUCUCCAGGGCAGGGCAUUCACCACGGCCGAAGAAACUGCUUUCCAGAGGCAAAAAGCAGCACAGGCCUCGACACAGAAUGGAGCCGCAGGCGCCGUCGGCUUUUUUUUAUGCAAAAGUCGUUUUUUGAUGCAAAAGUCGCAUGUUUGUCGUUUUUUGUCAUCGGCUCCAAACCCUAUAGAAGGUUUUCACUCUUCAGAAGAAUCUACAGAAGACAGUCUUCAGAAGAUCAAACCUUCUGAAGAAGUUCAAAAACGGAGCACAGAAAAUUGCAGAACUGGAGACAGAUUUGAAAAACCUUCUGAAGGUUUUCAACCUUCUGGAGGUUGGACAAAACUGGCAUACUUGACAGCGUUUUUUUGUCGCAAAAGUCGCAAACUCUUCUGAAGGUCAAAAAAAUGCCGUCUUCUGAAGCUUUUUAACCUUCUGAAGAGUUGGAAAGCGGUCACUUUUAGCCUUCAGAAGGUUUUUUGGCUGAUUUUUCGUUUUUUUCUUCUGAAGCUCAAAAAAAACCUACAGAAGGUGUGACCUUCAGAAGAAAAAAAUGCUCACGGUUAAACCGAUGGUAUGCUCGCUCAAAAAAAAGAGGCUUUUUCCAUUUCUUCUGAAGGUUCCAGUGAUGAUUUUGGACCUUCAGAAGACCUUCAGAAGAAAAAGCUUCUGAAGGUUCAGCAGCAAUUUUGCCAAGCCUUCCCCUUAUAGUUAUUAGAUUGAUUGCAAAUACGCAUGACAAACUUUGCCUAGAAUGCAUGCUAUGCAUGACAAAUUUGCGCUUCGCCUUGUUUUGCAAUGCAUUACUGCAUCACUAAUAUGAUAUUAUCGUUAACGUUAACACUAACACUUUUUCCUGUGAUAUCAAGCAGUUUGUCAUCAUCUUCAAGCACGCCGAGACCAAGGACACAGAUAACCUACCCAGAUUGGAGCGGCAGCACGUGCGGCAUAGGAAGGACCUAUCUAGCGCAAAUCCAUCGCACUUCCACGCAAAUAAAAUUGCACGUUGGCAAUCUUUUAUCAGAGUGAAACUGGCUCUGGCUUUUGUACCAUAGUUUUGGGUAAGGUAGCCAUCCAGUCUGUAAUGCGAUACUGCGAUUUUUAUGUUGAUGUAUGAGUGCAAUACUUUUGCAGUUGAUAGGACCUGGAAUAUAUCAAUGCCACGUUUAGUCGGGAUUUCGAGUUCUAUCGGGAAAGCGGCAUCUAUCGACUCGUGCAAAAUUCAACAUCCCCCGGAGAUGAGAGGGCCAGGUGCGAUCGAAAGUUGCACUAUAAGAUGCAUGCAAAAAUCGAAAAACAAAAGCUCAUACAAGAAUAGCCUCGGCAACAUAAGCCAUGCGCAUGCUUGUCCGUUGACUCCAGUCCUUGGAAUGCAUUGUGUGGCACACGCAUGACGGUGCUCUAUCUCUAUGCGUUUUUCUAAUUAAACGCCUGCUGCUCAUGAUGCUGUCGCAUUGUUGCCUUGGCCGCUCGCCAACAGGGGGAGGGGUUGAUGUCUUUCCGUUGAUACAAGCAAUCCGGCGGGGAUGUGCAAGUUCUAUGUUUUCAGAAGAAGAAGACGUGACAAGAAGUCCUAGUAGACGAACAUAGAAUAAUUAAUAGUUUACCGGUCGAACAAGACUUCAUAUCCAUUCAGCUCAAGGGUAAAAAGUAGAUUGACGCCGCAUCAACAGCAUGACCCGUCUGCUUCACCCGCACUUCAGGCGCUAUGAAACGGCGGCUCGUAGUUGCUGACCAUGCAAAUUUCGCCCCGUGUUGUGCAUCAUACAGCUUGAGAAUCUCCACACAACAGCGCGUAGCUCGGGAGUUUUCAGUGCGGGGCAGUCUUGAGCUGCCACGACUUGACGAAUACCAUCUAACUGCGAAUUUCUUGCCAGUCUCUGUAUUCUGUGAAUUCCAAGACAACUGGUGUUGUGUGAAUACAGUUACAUCAUGAGAUGGACUACAGGAGGGACAACUUCGACACCACAGCAUUAUGAUAAGAAGUUGUGCGCAAAGCUGUGCAGGUGCAUUCACUUACUUUUCCAAACGCAAAGUUGUCGAAUGCUGUCGUGAUUGCACUGUGUAAUCAUGGGCAGGUGAAGAAGGC